UAAUUUUGCUAUUACCCAGGAGUCAAACCCUCCCAUGUACCAUCCAUACGGCCAGGUUCAUUUUGGAACACACAUAAAUUUGUUUUCUACUAAUUACAUCGCUCUGAUCUCCAAUUUAAAGUAAAAAGUCAUCAAAAAGGGAGCUGAAUUUGAUAUCAAAAUGAGUUCUGUUGUGAAGUCAGAGGAAGAAUGGCGUGCAGUACUAUCUCCUGAACAAUUCCGCAUCCUUCGUAACAAAGGAACUGAGCCGAAAGGCACUGGUGAAUAUGACAAACAUUUUGAAGAUGGGGUAUACACUUGUGCUGGUUGCGGAACACCGCUCUAUAAAUCGACUACUAAAUUCAACUCUGGUUGUGGUUGGCCCGCUUUCUAUGAAGGUCUUCCUGGAACUAUCACCCGCACUCCAGACCCCGAUGGGAGGAGGACCGAAAUCACUUGCACAGCUUGUGGAGGGCACUUGGGUCAUGUGUUUAAAGGCGAGGGAUUUAAGACACCAACGGAUGAAAGACACUGUGUUAACAGUAUUUCCAUCAAGUUUGCUUCCGAAGGCUCCUCAGCUUCUCUUUGACAGUUUUAAUAAAAGUGUAAUGGCAUAACAAGUAAUUCUGUCUAGGCUUUUAAUGUCUUUGUGUUUCUGUAAUGCUGAAAAACUGUGAUGACUUGUUAAGUUGAAUGCUACUUGAAGGUUUUUAGCUUAUAUA